GCGAGGCCCCCGGCCGGGCUGUCCGCGGCGUUCGCCGGCGGCGGCGUCGGGGCAGCCCCGGCCCUCGCGGCGGGAGGAGGGAGCGCCAUGGCCGAGGCCUGGGCCGGCUUCUCGCAGGAGGAGCUGCGGCGGCUGCGGGGGCAGCGCCCAGAGCUGUUCGAGCCCUCGGAGCAACAGCAGCAGCAGCAGCCUCGCCCCCACACCGGGAACAAGCCUCGGAAGCAGUUGCAGCGGGAAAAAGCCCUCCAGCAGCAAUGCCAGAGGCUGGGACUGCAGGGUGGGGCAGCCCCUGUCACUCCGGAGCAGUUGCUCUCUGCACCAAAGCACAAGCCCUGUCACCCUCAGCAGCCCGUGCCAACACCUCGUCCUCCUCCUGCUGGAGAUCAAAGGCAAAGUGACAGCCAGGAUCAGCAGGAGGAGGUGACACCUUGCAAUGGCAGGGACAGUGCCCAGCCCCACCCUGCACAGCCCAGCACCCAAGUGGAGAGAAAGAAAGUGGAAUUGCAGGAGAAAUCCCGAUGGGAAAUCCUCCAGCAAGAGCAGCGGCUGAUAGAGGAGAAGAAUAAGCGCAAGAAGGCUCUGCUGGCCAGAGCUAUUGCUGAGAGAUCCAAAAGAACUCAAGCUGAAGCAGUGAAACUCAAAAGGAUUCAGAAGGAGCUGCAAGCUCUGGAUGACAUGGUGUCUGCUGACAUUGGCAUCCUGAGGAACCGCAUUGAUCAGGCCAGCCUGGAAUACUCCUAUGCCCGGAAGCGGUACGAGAAGGCGGAGUCGGAGUACGUGGCAGCCAAGCUGGACCUCCAGCACAAGACGGAGCUUAAGGAGCACCUCACGGAGCACCUGUGCACCAUCAUCCAGCAGAACGAGCUCCGCAAGGCCAGGAAGCUGGAGGAGUUAAUGCAGCAGCUGGAUGUGGAGGCAGAUGAGGAAAAUCUGGAACUCGAGAUCGAGGUGGAGCGGAUGCUGCAGCAGCAGGAGGCAGAAGCAGGGAGACAAGGCAGCCAGUCACACAGUCACGCUGCGACAGCGAAGGAGAACCCCACUCCCAGUGGUGCAGGGCGGGAGGGCGAGCGUGCCAACCAUACUGCUGCUUCUCCUGCUGUUUCUGAACAGUCUCAGAACUCCGGGACCAAAUCCCUCUCCAGUACGGAUAGACAAACUCAAGCAGUAGAUGUGGCUUCGGAAAGCUCCCCAGCUUGUUCUGCUACAUGACUGCUGGAUGGAGAUGAGCCAGUGGUCAUGGAUGAUGUACUCUCUGCAGGCUUGUAGGUUAUAUCUGGGCUUUGGCAGUACCAGUCACAUGCACUUCAUUUCCCUUUUCCUUUAAUAUUGUUUUCAAGUUUUAAAGGUGCUUUUUUUUUUCACAAGACUCUCAUUUGGGGUUCACCGUCUGUCAUCGUCUUUCCUGGUUUGUGUUCAUGUUCUGAUGCCCAGCUCUUCACGGGCUUUUAUACCUUCCUGAAACAGGACAUUUGCAUGUGGACACUAGGGUUUUUCCAAAGAUUUUCAGCCUAUUGGUGUCACAGAUACCUGUUCUGAGCAGGGUGCAAGAGAUAGAUAUUUGCAGAAGAAAACACCCCUUGAUCUGCUUCAGAAUGCAUUCUGUCCCCUAACAUCUGCAAUAGGAUGUUUUUCUUCCUUUGUAUCCAUAAGGGAUUAGUUUUCAACGGUUUCUAAUGCUGUGAAACCCAAGUGCUUACUUUAAUUGCCUUUGUAGAUGAUACUCUUUCCUCAUGGAAAGGAACUUUGCAUACUGAGGCAAAUUGCAAAGUCAGUUGUAAUACCUCAUAUUUAUCACUUUGCCUAUUCCUUUCAGAUAAUGCUGAAUCAUUACCAAGCUGUACAUGGAUAGAUCUGUUAUCUAUGAAAUCACAUCAGCUAUGCUUUAACAAAAAUGAUGGGUACAGUUUAAGACCCUACAGAAUGUAGAAGUAGAAACACACAAAAGAGAGUGUGUUACAUUUAAAGCUUCCAUUGCAAACAUUUUCUCUGUUGUAGUUGCCUCGAAGUGCCAACAAUUAGCCAGGGAUCUUAUAGUAAAUAAUCUCCACUGUAUAUUGGAAAUGAGCCUAUUUUUGUAUGACAUUCAAUGCAUUUUCUUGCCAGAAAAGCAGGUUUGUACCCCACAAGAAGUUCAUCUGGUUCACUCUGUUGCUGUUGAAAGGCUUUAAAGAGCUAUUCCAGGUGGAGAAAGUCUCAGGAAUUAGAAGGGGACGUAGGAAAAUCUCCCAUAGACUGAUUGCAGCUGCAAACCGUGGGGAGUUGAGCUCACAGUUAUCCACUUUGUAGCAUGGAAGUGUGGGAAUGGUUCCUGGAAUACCUGACCUGAACGUGUCGGUCAGAGUUUAUGAAUGAGUUGCUGAAUGACGCCACCGAGUAUAUAAAUGGGACACUGAUUGUCUCUAUGGCUUUAACAGUGGAAAAACAUGUCACUACAUUUCAUUUUUAUUCUAUUAAUAAAUCAGUGCAUCUCGUA